AUGAGCAGUAAAGACAAAGCAUGGAAACCUUUUGUGAAAUUUGAGUAUCAAAAAUUGCUACCAACAGAGUUACGUAAUAAGUUGCGCAAGUGGUUGGUGUUUACAGAGGCGACAGGUACUAAACAAGUUUACCAAUCCCCUACGGUCUCGCAAGGUUAUCGCUAUCCAUCACCUGAUAAGCAAGCAGAGGGUGUCUUUGUACCUUCCAGUGACUCCAAGGACAGCAUUUAUAAUAUCAGUUAUUACACACGCGAUAUUCGUCGCUUUCCGUAUCCAAUGGAAGUAGGUGUCCAUCCAUCUAUUCCAGUGGAGAAACGUGCUGAAAUACCAGCAGAUGCAAAGCGUGGCUCACCUGGAAACAAGAAUCCAGCUGUAUUGAGUUACGAUCCAACGGGCACACGCUCAGCCAUGUCUACGACCCACGAAGCUCGUGAUAAACUCAUUAUGCAGCAUGUUUCCACGCACAAUGUGCGUUUUGAAUGGGAAGGUGAUAGUGAGAAGGACAUUGUGGAAGAUAAUGAGGCAAAGAAUGUACCACCGACGCCUGGUCGUCCCUUUGUAUGGGAUUUUCCUACGCAGAGUCGCAUUAUGCGCUGCACGAGUCUGUGA